AUGUACUCUCAGAGAAGCUUAUGUUCUGUGUUUUUUUUUAGAAAAUGCGAGGGCAUCGGUCAGAUCCUGCUGCUAGUGAGAGAGAAGAAAGGAAAAUCUCCAAAACAAAGACUUGAGGAACUUUUAAACGAUGCGUUGUUCGAGAAAGUCCGCAACAUGCGAGGUGGCGUUGAACCUCUUCUUAAGAAGCUUACCCUCAUCCCUGGAGACGUAAGCUUGCCUGAUUUAGGACUUCGACCUGCUGAUCGCCAGAAAAUUAUUGAUGACACCCACAUUAUCAUACAUGCUGCUGCUACCAUCAGGUUCGAUGAGGAGCUGAAGAAGGCUGUAAUGCUGAACGUUAGAGGCACUAAGCUAAUAGUGGAAUUGGGCAAGGAGUGCAAGCGUCUCGAGCUGCUCUCACACAUCUCAACCGCCUAUUGUCAUCUGCACGAGAAACUUCUCGAGGAGAAGCCGUACCCGCCCCCUGCAGACCCCCAUCAGGUCAUCCAGGCCAUGGAGUGGAUGGACGAGGAGUCAGUCGCUGCUCUUACUCCGAAGUUGCUGAGUAAGUUGCCGAACUCCUACGCCUUCACGAAGGCGCUGGGAGAGGCUUUAGUCGUCGAGGCUAUAGAACAAGGGCUGCCCGCCAUGGUGCUCCGACCCUCCAUCGUGAUUCCCAUCUGGCAGGAGCCCAUUCCUGGAUGGACGGACAACAUCAAUGGACCUACAGGCUUGCUGAUUGGUGCUGGCAAAGGUGUGAUUCGUAGUAUGUACUGCAAGAGCAACAGCUACGCCGACUACCUGCCGGUCGACGUGUUCAUCAAUGGUAUCUUGAUCAGUGCAUGGAUGUACAUCGUUGAUGGAGACCACAAGAACACAGUGGUGAAUUUUACGUCCUCGGCGGAGAUCAAGGUGACUUGGUCAGAGAUGAUCGAUGCGGGAAGGGACAUUAUCAUGAACAGACUGCCUCUUAACGGUGUGGCUUGGUACCCUGGUGGUUCCAUGAAGCAUUCCCGUCUCUACCACAACAUCUGCAUGGUGCUCUUCCAUUGGUUACCAGCUAUCUUCGUCGAUACACUGCUCUUCUGUCUCGGAUAUAAGCCUGUAUUAAUGCGCGUGCAGCGCCGGAUCCAAAAAGGCUUCGAAGUUUUCGAAUACUACACAAACAAUCAAUGGGACUUCAAAUCGGAUAUCGGUCAGACUGUACGACAAAGGCUUAACACGCGUGAACGACGCGACUAUAAAGUCGACGCUGUCGGGCUGGACAUAUCAAAAUACUUCGAAGACUGCAUUCAUUCAGCCCGUAUCUACAUUCUGAAGGAGUACGAUGACACUAUUCCAGCAGCGAGGAGACACAUGAAAGUAAUGUGGUGCGUUGACGUCGCUACACGGCUCAUAUUCUGGGGCCUGAUGCUCUACUGGAUGAGUGGCUGGUUCUCGUCUUUCUACACCUCUCUUGUCGGAGGAGAACGUACCGCCCCUGUGCCCAAUGUGAUGGCUGCUUAAUACAUAAGCCAUAUAAACUUAACUAUUACUUACCCUAUGACCUAACUUUAUAAUCCGUAACUGAAGUCACCGCAAGCCGUCAACCAAACUUUGGCGCCUACAAUUUUUUUAAUAAUUAUCAUUAAUAUACGCGUUUUUCUAUGUAUUAUUUUGUUUCAAAAGCAUUUAUUGGUAGCUCAAUGUUGAAAAAGUAAAAAAGAUUACGAGCGCCUGAAAGACUGCUGGCAGCAUUUUUUUUAAAUCCGAUAAUUGCUAUGAAAAACGUAUUGGCGCUUAUUAUUUUCCUAUACUUAGUUUUAUGUCGAUUUUUUCCUUGUUAUUAACUUUAUGUCAUUCUUUGUACCAAAUGAAUAAGUAUCUAUUUGAGUAGGUAGAAAUUCAAAAUCUUUAGACGAUUUAAAUGCUUUAUUUUCUAAACAUUCGCACACUGAAAGUGAUAGUGACACAAUGCAAAAUACUCGAUUUUGAGUGAUGAGCUAUUAAAAUGUAAUUUUUAACUCAAUAAAUAUUUUUGAAUGCAGUUUUCUACUACAAUUGUGUGUAAUCUACAUAGUUUUAGAAGUAUUAUACUAACUUUCACCUAGCACAAUAAAAUAAAGGUAUUUUUUUUUACUCCUGUAGUAUAUUAGUCUUAAUGCAUAACGACACUAUCAAAAAAAUACGGUAUCUUUCAAGGAGUUAGAAGUAAACUGUUCGACACGUCAGCUAUCUCUGUCACUACAAAAAGGUAUACCUAUACCCCGUUCACAUUAUACAGUAUAAAGUUGUCCAUUGAAGAAUAUAGGGACAUGAUCUUGUAAUAUAUGUUGUAAUUUAAUAAAUUAUUAGGUAUAAAAGUUAUUUUACAGAAAUGGAUAAAUUACAUAAACUUAACGCAUGCGAUCAUUGACUUACAAAUAAAUGGACGACAGGUCUAACA